AACUGAUCUACAGUUCUGAGAGCUUUUAGCCAUUAGGGUUGAUUUAUAUAGCUUUUAGUGUAGAAUAAGAUGCGGUGAGAGCCGCUACUGCAUGUUGUGAGUCAGUGCUGUGUGUUUAUACUAAGAUCUGCAGUUGGCCUCUUGGUCCAAGCUGCCCAAGAUCCGCUAGUUUUGUAAUUACAAGCAUGUUUAUUUCAUAAAGAUGACGGAGAGGAGCAAUCUGUGAACUAAAUGACUGUCAGAAAUAUCGCCUCCAUUUGUAAUAUGGGCACCAAUGCCUCUGCUCUGCUCAUUGGCCCAGAGCAGUUUCCAAUUAAUGAACACUACUUUGGAUUGGUCAACUUUGGGAACACAUGCUACUGUAACUCGGUGCUACAGGCGCUCUAUUUCUGCAGGCCGUUUAGGGAAAGUGUGCUGGCUUACAAAGCCCAACAAAAGAAGAAGGAGAACCUGCUUACUUGCCUGGCUGACCUUUUCCACAGCAUUGCAACCCAAAAAAAGAAGGUGGGGGUCAUCCCGCCCAAAAAGUUCAUCUCCCGUCUAAGGAAAGAAAACGACCUGUUUGACAAUUACAUGCAGCAGGAUGCUCACGAGUUCCUCAAUUACCUGCUGAACACCGUGGCGGACAUCCUGCAGGAGGAAAAGAAACAGGAAAAACAAAACGGCCGGUUAAAGAACAAUGGCAUUGUCACCACGGAAACUGAGUCAGAGAACAAGAACGAGUCCACUUGGGUUCACGAUAUCUUUCAGGGCACACUGACCAAUGAGACGCGCUGCCUUAAUUGUGAAACAGUAAGCAGUAAAGAUGAGGACUUCCUGGAUUUGUCUGUGGAUGUCGAGCAAAACACUUCAAUAACACAUUGUCUUAGGGACUUUAGCAACACAGAGACACUAUGCAGUGAAUACAAAUAUUACUGUGAAACUUGUUGUAGCAAGCAAGAGGCCCAGAAACGCAUGCGAGUAAAGAAGCUGCCAAUGAUCCUGGCUCUGCACCUUAAGCGCUUUAAGUACAUGGAGCAGUUGCAGCGCUACACAAAGCUAAGCUAUCGCGUCGUCUUUCCACUAGAGCUGCGCCUCUUUAACACAUCUGCCGAUGCCGUCAACCUUGACCGCAUGUACGACCUCGUGGCUGUGGUGGUUCACUGUGGCAGUGGACCGAAUAGAGGACACUACAUAACUAUAGUAAAGAGUCAUGGUUUCUGGUUGCUGUUUGAUGAUGAUAUUGUGGAGAAAAUUGAUGCACAGGCUAUAGAGGAGUUUUACGGUUUGACUUCUGACAUCUCUAAAAAUUCUGAGUCAGGAUACAUUCUUUUCUACCAGUCCCGAGAGUGACAUAAAAGCAUGAAGAAAAAGCACUUUGACAUAACUGAAAGAGGAUGAAAGGAAAUUCACAAAAUGUAGUGUGUUCAUGAACUUCACAAUCCACACGACUCCCUUCUAUCGCAUGGAGGACCCAUUACUAAUAUCUGUGCCAAAAGAACCCAACACUACAUUUCCCAGAAUUCACACCUGCACUCUAGGGAGAAGGAGCACUCUCCUUCAAAGUCACCUGCAUACGCAAGGCACUUUAUGAACAAAAAUAUCAACACUGACAGCGUCAAACACUAAAGGACGUUUAAUAAAGGAAUCAAAUCACUAGAGUUUGCACAUCGAGUGUCAAGGACAGUCUGGAACUGCAGGCCUUCACUCACAAACCUGAAACAUGAGUCACAAUGUGUGUAUGAAUAGAAUAUUUUAAUGAAUAGUUUGUGCAUUGUGUGUACAUGUGAAGUCAUUCAAACCUUGAAUCACUUCCAAGUAAUGUUUCCAGUAACAUAACUGAGAAAUCUAAAGCCUUUUAUUUCCCUAAAGUAGUUUAUUACCAGAAUCUAGUUUAGACAGUAUUUUAUUUAUUUCCCUCCUCCUUUUUUGCGCUCCCACUUUAGUCAUCUCCAAUUCCUUCAUGUUGGGAUCAUGCUGCUAGCACCAUUCACCCUUGCUGAGGGCUGGGACUAUGAAGUACCCCUGCUGACAAGUGCGUAGUCACCGUCCGCUACACAGCAGAGGCCACAAUUGUACUGCGUCUAUAAAUUUUUUGACUUCAUCACUUUCAUACAGGCACAACCAAUCAUGAUCGGGUGGGCGCCAGGUCUUAUGUAAGGCCACUCGAGUGCCUCAGAUACGGUAUUCUACCUGUUUGCGUUUUGUUUCAUUUUUUCCUUCUAGUACCAUAGUACCAUGCAUUAAAACGAGUGUUCAUAA